AUCAUCUCUGCAUAUCACCCUAGGCCGAAACUUCAUUGCUACACGCAAAUUUAAACCCUUCACUGCAUAGUCAGUUUCGUUUCCCCAUUUUCCGAUUCUGUUUACGUCGGAGCUCUGCCGUCCUCCGCCACAAAGGUCAUGGGGACGUCCUUAAUUCUUUCAGAUCUCGGCACUGAAAUCAUAAUUCCAGUUUGCGCUCUCGUCGGAAUCGUUUUCUCUCUUUUCCAGUGGUUUCUCGUCUCCAAAGUUAAGCUGUCGCUGGAUGGACCAGGCGGCAAGAAUGCGUUCACGGAAUCGUUGAUUGAGGAAGAAGAAGGAAUCAACGACCACAACGUCGUUCAGAAAUGUGCUGAAAUUCAGAACGCUAUCUCUGAAGGAGCAACCUCUUUCCUAUUGACUGAAUACAAAUAUGUUGGUAUUUUCAUGGUUGUUUUUGCUUUCAUAAUCUUUUUAUUUCUUGGCUCUGUUGAUGGAUUUAGUACAAGUAGUCAACCAUGUACAUACAACAUCACCAAGCAAUGCAAGCCUGCACUUUUCACAGCCAUCUUCAGCACUGUAUCCUUUAUCCUAGGGGCUGUAACCUCUGUUAUCUCUGGUUUUCUUGGAAUGAAAAUUGCCACAUACGCAAAUGCCAGAACUACCCUUGAGGCAAGAAAAGGUGUUGGAAAGGCUUUCAUUGUUGCAUUCCGUUCUGGAGCUGUCAUGGGAUUCCUUCUAGCUGCAAAUGGUCUUCUUGUGUUGUAUAUCACCAUCAAUUUGUUCAAGAUUUACUAUGGUGAUGAUUGGGAAGGGCUUUUUGAGGCCAUAACUGGUUAUGGACUUGGUGGUUCUUCAAUGGCUCUUUUUGGUAGAGUUGCUGGUGGUAUUUAUACAAAAGCUGCUGAUGUUGGAGCUGAUCUUGUUGGCAAGGUUGAGAGGAACAUUCCAGAAGAUGAUCCAAGAAAUCCAGCUGUGAUUGCUGACAAUGUUGGAGACAAUGUUGGGGACAUUGCUGGAAUGGGAUCUGAUCUUUUUGGAUCAUAUGCUGAGUCAUCAUGUGCUGCUCUUGUUGUUGCUUCCAUUUCUUCAUUUGGAAACAACCAUGAGUUCACUUCAAUGAUGUACCCUCUUCUUAUCAGCUCUGUGGGCAUUCUUGUGUGUCUUCUCACCACUUUGUUUGCCACUGACUUUUUUGAAGUCAAAACUGUGAAAGAAAUUGAACCUGCUUUGAAAAACCAGCUCAUUAUUUCAACUAUUUUGAUGACAAUUGGUAUUGCACUUGUUAGCUGGAUUGCCCUUCCUUCCUCCUUCACCAUCUUCAAUUUUGGAGUCCAGAAAGAAGUUAAAAACUGGCAAUUGUUCUUAUGUGUAUGUGUUGGUUUAUGGGCUGGCCUUAUAAUUGGAUUUGUAACAGAGUACUACACUAGCAAUGCUUACAGCCCUGUGCAAGAUGUUGCUGAUUCUUGCCGAACUGGAGCUGCAACAAAUGUCAUUUUUGGCCUUGCUUUAGGAUACAAAUCAGUCAUCAUCCCAAUUUUUGCAAUAGCAAUUAGUAUCUUUGUUAGUUUCACUUUUGCCGCCAUGUAUGGAGUCGCUGUUGCCGCCCUCGGAAUGCUGAGCACCAUCGCCACAGGAUUAGCCAUUGAUGCGUACGGUCCCAUUAGUGACAACGCCGGCGGCAUAGCCGAAAUGGCCGGCAUGAGCCACCGGAUUCGCGAACGAACCGACGCCCUCGAUGCUGCCGGAAACACCACCGCCGCCAUAGGAAAGGGUUUUGCGAUCGGGUCUGCAGCGCUCGUGUCCCUCGCGCUUUUUGGCGCGUUUGUGAGCAGGGCGGAGAUUACAACCGUAGACGUGUUGACUCCCAAAGUCUUUAUCGGCUUAAUUGUGGGGGCCAUGCUUCCGUACUGGUUUUCCGCUAUGACAAUGAAGAGUGUCGGAAGUGCAGCUCUUAAGAUGGUUGAAGAAGUGAGGAGACAAUUCAAUACAAUUCCCGGGUUAAUGGAAGGUACAGCCAAGCCUGAUUACGCGACAUGUGUCAAAAUCUCAACGGAUGCUUCCAUCAAAGAGAUGAUUCCUCCGGGUGCUCUUGUCAUGUUGACUCCUCUUAUUGUUGGGUAUUUCUUCGGUGUGGAAACACUUUCUGGUGUUCUUGCUGGAUCUCUUGUUUCUGGCGUACAGGUUGCUAUUUCUGCAUCCAACACUGGUGGAGCUUGGGACAAUGCGAAGAAAUAUAUCGAGGCUGGUGCUUCUGAGCAUGCGAGAUCACUUGGACCGAAAGGGUCGGACCCACACAAGGCGGCUGUGAUUGGGGACACUGUGGGGGACCCGCUAAAGGAUACCUCUGGUCCGUCUCUUAAUAUUCUUAUUAAGCUCAUGGCUGUUGAAUCGCUUGUGUUUGCUCCAUUUUUUGCUGCACAUGGAGGUCUUCUCUUCAAGAUUUUCUAAGCUUGAAAAUUAUAGUAACUUUAUCGCUUUUGUUGCAUCUAACUAUUGUUUUGGUCAUUUUAGUGUAUGUUGGUGUUUUUAAUUUUCUCGAAAUAUGUGGGAUUUAAAGGUUUGAUCUACAAUUAGAAAAUUUUCCUAAAAAUGUUUGUGAUUCGGUUAAAGAGUGUUGUACUUAUCACACUUAUUGGUAAAUCUAAAUGGACCACAGAAAAAUUUGCUCCUA